AUGAAAAAUAUAAAACGUGAACUUUUCUUUUUUUUUGUACUCCUUUUUUUUCUAUAUAUUAUUUGUGGUUGUAUAUAUGAAAAUUUUCAUGAGUGUCAUUAUAACAAAAUUUUUAAUAACCCUCAUGCAUCAGAAAAGUAUAGACAAUUUAAUAAGAUCAGAUUAUUAUCAGAAAAUAAGAACAUAUUACAAUUCAAUAAAGAAAAAAUAUCUUUACAUGAUUAUAUAAAUAAUGAUAAUUAUAAUACGGUAGAUGCGAAUGAUUAUAAUUGUUAUAAGGAUAAGGAAGAGCAAUGUAAUGAUAGUAGUUGUGUUGAUAAGAAAAAUUAUAAUAGAAGUAAUAAUAAUGAAGAAGAAUGUAGUAAAAAUUUCUAUCAGUAUUUAAAAUAUAUGGAACAAAACGUUAAUGUAAAUACAAAUAAUAAAAAUAUAAAUGAUAAAAAUAUAAAUGAUAAUAAUACAGAAUUACAAAUUAUAAGUAAUGAUCAUAAUACAAAAAAUUAUAAAUAUGAUGAUAAUAAUAAUAGUAAUAAUAAUAAUAGUGAAUAUGGUAAAACUAAUAAUUUCUUAGAAAGAAAUAAUAAAGUUAUAGACAGUCAACAAAACAAAAUGAAUAAUAUAUUUAAAGAAACAAUUAAUAAAACAUUAACAUAUGAUAUGUCAACAGAUAAUUCACAUACAAAUAAUAAUUCAAGACAUUAUGAAAAUCAAAAUGGAAAUAGAGAAUAUAUGAAUCUGUCGAAUGAUAAUUUGACAUAUGGUAAUUCUCCUUAUGAUAUAUUACCAUAUAAUGAUCAAAAUAAUUUAUCACAAUAUGAAACUGUAGAUAGUAAUCACUGUAACGAUCUAAACAUUUAUAAUCCAUAUUAUGAAUCUAUUGAUCUUCCAUACCAUGAAUCGACUGAUCUUCCAUACCAUGAACCGACUGAUCUUCCAUACCAUGAACCGACUGAUCUUCCAUACCAUGAACCGACUGAUCUUCCAUACUAUGAACCUGUUAGUUAUACACAUGAUAGAUCUAAUAAUUAUUCUAAUCGUAAUUAUUCUAAUAAUAAUUAUUCUAAUCGUAAUUAUUCUAAUAAUAAUUAUUCUAAACAUAAUUAUCCUCAUCAUAAUUAUUCUCAUCAUAAUUAUCCUCAUCAUAAUUAUCCUCAUCAUAAUUAUCCUCAUCAUAAUUAUCCUCAUCAUAAUUAUCCUCAUCAUAGAUAUGGAUCCAGUGGGGACCCAUAUCAUAGACACGAUCAUAUAAUGGAUCGAUCUUAUUAUUACAGCAACCUACAAAAUGACAAUCACGAUAUGAUGUUAACAUAUAUUCCAAAGAAUGAUAAUAAAUCCUUGUAUGAUGAACAAAAUUUCGAAUUAGAAUUAAAAAAAAUUAUAAAAAAAAAUCAUUUACAAAAUGAUAAUAUCACAGAUAGUUAUGACACUGCAGUUAAUGAUUUUAAUAAAAAAUUAAAGGAAUAUAAUAAAAAAUUAAAUGAAUAUAAUGAAAAAUUAAAUGAAUAUACUAGUAGAUUAAAUGAAUAUAAUAAAAAACAUAAUGAGAAGAAAAAAAAUGAUGAUAAUAAAAAAAGUGGACAAAAUAAUAAUGAAAAUAUAUUAUCACAAGAUAUAGUUCUAUAUGGAACAGAUUUCCAAAAUGCUUUUAGGUAUAGACAAAACACACGUUCCUAUUAUUCAAAUAUAUAUUCAAAUAGAGAAGAAGAUCUAGAUAAAGUAAUAGAUUUUACUCAUAAUAAUAAUUCAUCUGAAGAUGAAUAUACAUUCAGAAAUAAACAAGAAAUAUAUCAUCAACAUUCAAAACGUUUAGAAAAAAAAUUAUUUGAUUAUCAAAAUGGUUCGAAUCCAGUAAUCAACUUUUUAGAGCGUCAUUUUUAA